GUGAGCAAUGGGAAACGACACAAUCAGUUUGCAGUUUGUUGGAGGUUUUCCUCGAUGCUACUAUGGUGGUGUCUGGCACUUUAUAUCCAACCGCUCACUUGUAUUUCCAUGAACUCUGGAAAAUUCAUCUAACCUUGGAAAGAGAGGCAAACAAUGAGGAAGCUGCCAUUAGAUCUAUGGUUCAAGUGAUGAAGACCAAGUUCAUGAAAUACUGGAAACUGUCGUACUUGAGCAUUUGUCUUCCAGUCAUUCUUGACCCGAGGUACAAAUUCAAAUUCUUGGAGCUGUGCUUGAAAUCCGGACUUGAAACCGAGGCUACAAAAUAUCUUACUAAGGUGAAGAAAACAUUCAAGGAUCUCUUCACUGAAUACUCUUCACAUGAAGAUGACUCAACACUAAAGAAUGACCAAGGAACCAGCAGUGUAGCAACUAUCGAUAACCCAUGGGAACAAUGGAAUAAACAAGUUCAAGAAGAGCAACAAAAUCGAGCAAAGCUGACUGAACUUACUAUAUAUUUGAAAGAUGUUGUUCACCCGCAAGAAGAAGGGUUUGAUAUACUAUGUUGGUGGUCUGCAAAUGCACAUAAGUACCCCAUCAUUUCUCGCAUAGCAAAGGAUGUAUUGGCUGCAUCAGUAUCAACCGUAGCUUCUGAGUCCGCCUUCUCCACCGGAGGAAGAAUACUAAGUGACUAUAGGAGCCAUAUGAUAGGCUCUACUGUAGAGGCAUUAAUUUGUCUUCAAGACUGGUUGCGGCCUCCCGGCACUACUCAUGUCAACACAAUAACAAGUGAUGUUGUUUAUGCAAAACGUGCUGAUAUUUAUGGAUCAAGCGAUGAUAUUUUUGAGCAUUGAUUGCAACAUUAGGCAAGCAUUG